AGAGGUUAUCCCCUUAUAGUUCAGGUGGGGACCAUAUCAUUUUGUACUAACCUUGAGCAAAAUGCCUAAGAAAGCAAAAAUUCGCAAGCCGAAGCAUUCGCAAUCCCUUCACGAGCAAAUUGAAGACCCCGAAAGCUAUGGUGUCAGGACAAAGCCUCGGUCGGAAAAGAAAAGGCACCGGGCUGAAGAUGAUGACGACGAGCUUUUGGACGUUAAGCUCAGUGGCCGGAUUCUUAAAGCGGCUCGGGAGCAGCAACAGGAGCUUGAUGCGGAGGAGUUGUUCGACUUGGACCACGAAGGCGACAGUGAUGGCGAUGACGGGAAACUAAAGCGCGCAGCAGACCCGCAGGCCGCGCUUCGGGCAGCUCUCCAGAAGUUGGGGACCGGUGGGCAGGGCGGAAAGGGCGCACCUGACGAUGACUCGGACGACGACUCAGAAGGGAGGGGGGCAUUUCCCAAUAACGAUGGGGACGAGCAAUACGACGAGGAGGAAGUCGAGGUCGACCCGGAGGAUGAGCGAGCGUUGGCCGCCUUCCUAGCUCCGGAGGCGUCGUCGUACCGUCAAACCAGCCUAGCUGACCUGAUUUUGGCUCGAUUAAAGGAGCAGCAGGCUGAGCGGGGGCUCCCACAGCUGCCGGAGGAGGGUGCUGACCCCGGCGCCGAUCCGGGCCCCCUACCCGAGGGACUGGAGCCCCGGGUGGUGGAGGUGUACCGCGGAGUGGGCAAAUUGCUGUCCAGAUACACGACCGGGAAAAUUCCCAAGGCUUUCAAAAUUAUUCCGAAUCUCCGAAAUUGGGAGGAUGUGCUCUACCUGACAGAUCCAGGCAAGGACUUCCGAUCGUCUGUGAAUCAGAAUCGGUAUUCAUGGAGCGUCCACGCCAUGUACCAGGCGUCGCGGCUGUUCGUGUCGAACCUGAAUGCGCGCCUGGCCCAGCGGUUCCUGGCCCUGGUGCUCCUGCCCCGCGUGCGCGCGGAGAUCCGGCAGCACAAGCGGCUGCACUUUGCUCUGUUCCAGGCGCUGCGGAAGGCUACUUACAAGCCCGGGGCGUUUUACAAGGGCAUUCUGUUGCCGCUGUGUCAGUCGCGCACGUGCACACUCCGCGAGGCGGUCAUCCUCACGUCGGUGCUGAAGCGCGCCUCUCUUCCGGUCUUGCACAGCGCAGCAGCCCUGCUGAGACUGGCGCAGCUAGAGUACUGCGGUACGACAAGCUUUUUCAUGCGUGUACUGCUGGACAAGAAGUACGCUCUGCCGUACAGGGUCAUUGACGCACUGGUUGACCACUUUGUUCGUUUUGCCGAUGAUGAGCGGCAGAUGCCGGUGGUCUGGCACCAGACAAUGCUGUGUUUCGUGCAGCGCUACAAGCACGAGGUUCGGGCGGACGACCUGCUGGCGCUGCGGGCACUGUGCGGCAAACAACAUCACUAUAAGGUGACCCCGGAGGUGCUUCGCGAGUUGGACCAUGCUCUGGGCAGGGGAGGCGCUGCUGCGGCGGCAGGGCAGGCCGGCGGCGCAGCUCCCAUGGCGGUGCAGGGCCCUGCGGCGGCGGCGGCGGCCGGGGGGCAGCCGAAGGGAGCGAAGGUGGGGAGCAAUGUUGUGGAGAACGUGCGUGACAUGCCGCCGGUGCUGAUGAUGGAGGACUAAGUAGACGAGAACGGCGAGCACGUGGGGGCAGCGACGAGAGGCGGUGAUGAGGGUUACAGGGGGUCGAAGGGGCCCUUCUGGAUAGGUGCGUGUCUUUGCUGCAACGGUAUGUGGCUUGGGUUUCGUGUGGAGGCGCAAAGGUGGGGCUAGAGUUUUGGUGAUUGUGAGCGAGCUGUCUGUUGUGCAGCAUGUUUCUGAGAGCUUGAGGCAGGAUGCGACGUGCGGGUAGUAGAGAAGAGCGGAUGGCGGUGCUCGGUGUUAACCCCCUCCGCCCGGCACUAAGAGGUCUCCUUUAGGAAGGAAAAGACUGCUGAUGCGCAGACAACGGACAUUUGCGGGAUAUGGUUUUACUUCUCAGGUUAUCAUCGUAAGCUUGCCUGGCAGAGAUCUUGAGGGUGGGGCAUGGUGUUCGCGCGAAGAGGCGCGUUGGCGCUGAUGUGCGACUGUGAGUUGGUGGAGCAUGUUAUCGCAGGCAAGCUGCACCUCCACAGGCGAACAUUUAAAUUAGGACGCGAGAUAGAACUCCUUUGGAGUGGGGAUGGAGUGCUGCGGCCGGAGGAUCCAUAGGACAGGCGUUGUAGAGGUGACGUGGCAGGUCGGUUAGGCAGGCGCUUGACUGGUGGAGCGGGUAACGGGUCGUAAUGCAGCAGGCACUUAUAGGAGAAACACGUCGAGGGUAUGCGUGCGUAUGUGUACUUUAGUUGUUAUUUAGGAGUUUACGGUUGGGUGGUAAAGAUCUGCUGUACUGGAGUAUCGGCUGCUGGAGCGUAAUUUCGAGUGAACGGUUAAGCGGAAAUGCAUUUUGUAACUGAGGAGCCCUC